GGUGGUGCGUGCUUAUUUGCUGUCUGCGCUUCUAUGGCAACGUAAUAGAUUAUCCAUCCCCACGCAUGUUACCACAACUGAUCUGGACAUUUUUUGCACAUUGGAUUACUAAUGUGUCAGUGGCCGGGGGCUUCGUAAGUGCUGUUUGAAGAGUAGUUUGGAAAGGAGGGUGCAAUGAUUUGUCAUUGAGACGCGCGUCAAAUUGUUUCUCAUUCAGACACGUCCGUCCGUCUUCCCGCAUCCGGUGUGCGCGCUCGGUGUCUAGUAUUACAGAUGCAGCGGGAUGCAUUUUUGUUUAUUCAUAUUUUUGACGACCUAUUUUCCUGCCUGCGUCUCCUCUCAGAUGAUACCGACUGUCAUUUGUUCCGUUAAGGUGGUCGAUCACAAUGGAUAGGGUGCAUUCUUCCAUGCGCAAACGGCUCUAUAGCUUGCCACAUCAGUUUGGACACAAGGAUGCUAUGACUCGAGACGGCGAAGAUAGCGACAAGGACACUCGGAGGAAAAGUGUCAAGAUGAAGCAUCUUCCCUCACCCUCCUCCACGGGGAGCUCUAAAGGUGUCAGCGAGGCCAAGAGCGGAGACGCGGAGACCGAUGUAGGGAGACCCUUUAGAACCAACGUGAACGGCGACUGCCGGAGAUUCAGAGGCAGCCUCUCUUCCAUCACCAGUCGGCAUGCUCCAGACGCGGAUCUGGCGGAGCAGAGGUGCCUCAUCGGGGAUGCAAGCCCCGAGGACGACGGUCCCUUGGAGCAACCCGGACCUGGAGAGAGCCAGGGCGCGCAGGGCGGCCGCGGCGACGGGGCACAACAGGCGCCCUCUGAAGAACAGUCGACUUUCGUAAAGUUGGAAGGUAUCGAUCAAAUCAUGCCUGACGAUGAGCGGCUGUACCAGGCGGGCUUUAUGCACAGGCAGUUUGGCGCGAUGCUUCAACCGGGGGUCAACAAGUUCUCGCUUCGAAUGUUCGGGAGCGAGAAGGCGGUGGAGCGCGAGCAGGAACGGGUCAAAUCUGCAGGCUUUUGGAUCAUUCACCCAUACAGUGACUUCAGGUUCUACUGGGACCUGAUCAUGCUCCUGUUGAUGGUGGGCAACCUGAUCAUCAUCCCCGUCGGCAUCACCUUCUUUAAAGAUGAACACACCCCCGCCUGGAUAGUCUUUAACGUGGUCUCUGACACAUUCUUCCUGGUUGACCUGGUGCUGAACUUCCGCACGGGGAUCGUCAAAGAAGACAGCACAGAAAUCAUCCUGGACCCUCAGCAGAUCAAGGUGAAGUAUCUUCGGAGCUGGUUCGCUGUGGAUUUCAUCUCCUCCAUCCCUGUGGAUUACAUCUUCCUCAUUGUGGAGACACGCAUCGACUCGGACUUCUACAAGACGGCACGAGCGUUGAGGAUUGUGCGUUUCACUAAAAUACUCAGUCUGCUUCGGCUGUUGAGAUUGUCCAGACUCAUUAGAUACAUCCACCAAUGGGAGGAGGUAAGAUGCACCUCGUUCUACUGGGACCUGAUCAUGCUCCUGUUGAUGGUGGGCAACCUGAUCAUCAUCCCCGUCGGCAUCACCCUGGUGCUGAACUUCCGCACGGGGAUCGUCAAAGAAGACAGCACAGAAAUCAUCCUGGACCCUCAGCAGAUCAAGGUGAAGUAUCUUCGGAGCUGGUUCGCUGUGGAUUUCAUCUCCUCCAUCCCUGUGGAUUACAUCUUCCUCAUUGUGGAGACACGCAUCGACUCGGACUUCUACAAGACAGCACGAGCGUUGAGGAUUGUGCGUUUCACUAAAAUACUCAGUCUGCUUCGGCUGUUGAGAUUGUCCAGACUCAUUAGAUACAUCCACCAAUGGGAGGAGAAUGACACAUGGGGUCAGCAGUACUCUUACGCCCUGUUUAAGGCCAUGAGCCACAUGCUGUGUAUCGGGUAUGGCAUGUACCCUCCUGUGGGCAUGACGGAUGUGUGGCUGACCAUCCUCAGCAUGAUCGUGGGUGCAACCUGCUAUGCCAUGUUUGUGGGCCACGCCACCGCCCUCAUUCAGUCACUGGACUCCUCACGCAGGCAGUACCAGGAGAAGUACAAGCAGGUGGAGCAGUACAUGUCGUUCCACAAACUUCCUGCAGACAUGCGGCAGAGGAUUCAUGAUUACUAUGAGCAUCGCUAUCAGGGGAAGAUGUUCGAUGAGGAGAGCAUUCUGGGAGAACUGAACGAACCACUCAGAGAGGAAAUCAUCAGUUUUAACUGCCGAAAGCUUGUGGCUUCCAUGCCGUUGUUCGCCAACGCAGAUCCCAACUUUGUGACCUCCAUGCUCACCAAGUUACGUUUCGAGGUAUUCCAGCCAAGAGAUUACAUUAUCAAAGAGGGGACCGUUGGCAAGAAGAUGUAUUUCAUCCAACACGGUGUACUAACUGUUCUGACAAAGGGCAGCAAAGAGACAAAGAUCUCGGAUGGGUCUUACUUUGGAGAGAUCUGUUUGCUGACUCGAGGCAGAAGAACAGCCAGCGUAAGAGCAGACACAUACUGUCGUCUGUACUCGCUCUCUGUGGACCAUUUCAACGAGGUGUUGGAGGAGUACCCUAUGAUGCGACGCGCCUUUGAGACCGUAGCCCUCGAUCGGCUUGACCGCAUAGGAAAACGAAACUCUGUACUCCAGCACAAGGUCCAACGGGAUCUCAAUUCCGGAGUUCUGAACUACCAAGAAAAUGAGAUCAUCCAGCAGAUUGUACAGCAUGACAGGGACAUGGCCCAUUGUGCCCACCUCAUGCAGACACCUCCUCCAGCUCCUCACCCAGCAGCGACUCCAUCUUCCCACACCCCCGUCAUCUGGGCACCUCUUAUUCAGGCUCCUCUACAAGCUGUCGCAGCCACCACUUCAGUCGCCAUUGCCCUAACUCGCCACCCCCAUUUGCCCCAUACCCUCUUCCGACCCCCUGUCCCGCUGCUUGGCUCUCUGAAAGACCAACCAGGGUAUGUAAAAAUGUUCCCAACUGCACUUUCAGGUGCUGCUGCAUUUGGUGGCUCCUCCUCAACCAGCUCGCAGUUCAGCUCUUGUAUGGAGACCCCAAUUCUGGACACACUCAGGACCGAGAGAUCAUCUACCUACACACCUCCACCACCGUCCUCCAGCUCUCUGCCAUCCACCAUCACAACAACAGUUACCACCACCACCUCCAACAUCACAGAGUCUUCCUUCUACCCCCAUAGACCCCUUGCUUCCCACGGGUCCAAAGACUUCAGUAUUGCCCAACUUCAUUCCCAACCACAACUUCCUCAGGCGUCUUUCCCUGGCAUUGCUGCAACACUUCCUGGGUUCUUCCAACAAGGAGCAAUUGGAGGAGAGGCUGUCCAGCUUGCAGUUCCCCCUUCAUCCACCCUUACUCCUUUGAUAGCGCAUUCAGUAAGUCCAAUCCUGACCCAACUGCAUUCAGCUCAGCCAACUCCUCAACAAACAAAACCAAUUCAAGAUUUGAAUAAAGUUGUAAGGACAGCCUCUCAGUCUCCUAUAACAGAGUCCCCUGUCCGCCCCAGGAGCAUUAUUGAACAAGUCCUGAGUCCAAAAAGUUUCCAGUCCCAACACGCUCAGAUUGGUCUACAGACGGAUGUACUUUCCCAGCUUUCCCAAGAACCAUCUGCUCUUGCUUCCCUUGCACAAUAUGGGUCCGGAAAUGCAUCCCCAUGUAGCACACCUUCAGCCUGGAGCCCAACAUGUCAGAGUCCUACAGUGGAGAAGAUGAGAAUGUCCAUGCACAGCCACCCUGCUAGCAUCUCUGGAUCCCAAAGCUCACUCCUAACCCCUCAGACACUCUUCCCACCGCCACCUCAACCAAGAGAAAGGGGCGGAUCUCUAGUUGACCUACCUACCCAAGACUUGAGCACCAUUUCCAUGUCUCUCCCCAGCCCAGGACUACCUGAAAAGUCCAAGCCGGCUGGAAGAGGACCUCAACCACCGGACUUAUCCCAUCACAGAGGAUCUGCUUCAGGUUACUCGCCGCUCCCGUCACCCCCUCCCCUUAUGAAACCAUUUAGCUCAAUACCUGGUCACGUUGUCCUAUCAAGACAAACUUCCAAGUUGUCCAUAACUCAGACUGGGUCAUCAGGUGGGUCACCAGCCCAUGGAUCUAGUGACAGGUCCACCCCUGGGACUCCAAGCUUGCACCCCAAACUCCCAUCGAACUUGUGAGAAUGGAUUGCACCCUCCUACGAUGAGCGAGCAACGUUUUUUAAUACGUCAAAAGACACUGACAUUUCUCACCAGAGAAGGAGGGUGUAUGUUCAUUGACUCGGAUUUCUAUCGGUCCAGUGACUUCCCUAUUUGUAAUGCCAAAAGAAGGAAUGGACUAACAAAACUGACCGAAGAAUGAAGGUGUGACUUAAAUUUGUCUUCCAAGUUCUGUCAGUAAUUUUUGCAAUAUUA